AUGAUUGAGGAGCAGAUCUCCUCUCUGUCAGACAGUAUCUCUGCUGUUGAAGAAGAGCUGAAGAAAGACAACAUGUCCUUCCUCAGCAGUUAUAAACCCACUCAGACCAGAGCCAGAGUCCAGAGCUCACUGUCAGAUCCACAGCUGGUCUCAGGAGGACUGAUAGAUGUGGCCAAACACCUGGGCAACCUGUCCUUCAGAGUCUGGGAGAAGAUGAAGGAGAAGGUCCACUUCAGUCCUGUCAUUCUGGACCCAAACACAGCAAGCCGCUGGCUCUAUCUGUCUAAAGAUCUGACCAGUGUGAGAAGGGGAGACACAAAGUAUCAGCAGCUCCCUGACAAUCCAGAGAGAAACACUAAGUAUGACAAUGUUCUGGGCUCUGAGGGCUUCAGCUCAGGGAAACACAGCUGGGAGGUGGAGGUGGGAGACCAUCCUGACUGGAAUGUGGGUUUGGCUAAAGAGUCAGAUGAAAGGAAGGAGGAGAAAACAGUUUCACCAAAGUAUGGAUUCUGGUGUUUAUGGCAUCGCAGGGGAAAAUACAUCAAUUGUGUUGGUGAGACUGUCACAGUGAAGAAGAGUCUCCAGAGGAUCAGAGUCCAGCUGGACUAUGACAGGGGGGAGGUGUCCUUCUACAAUGCUGAAGACAUGACUCACAUCUACACUCACAGAGACACUUUCACUGAGAGACUCCUCCCAUAUUUCAGUAUUGGAAUAUCUGGUGAUGCCAAAACUUCUGAUAUCAAAAUGUGUCAAAGUGAGAUUUCUCUGUGAUGUUCUGGGAUUUUAGUUUUUCUAUUAUGAUCAUUUGAGGUUUAUUACAGUCUAAACUCCUGAUCACAUGAUUGUUUUUGCCCUAAUUCCCUCCACUGUCUGAUAUUAAUUACAUAAAGCCCUUUUCAUCUUUCAUCUUUGUCUGUUGUUUUCAUAGAAACUGACCUAAAAUACGUGACUAAUCAAACUUGUUUUCACAUGAAAUUAAUUUAGUUACAUUUCUGUUUUCUUUAAUUGAGAUUUAUUAAUGAUGGUAAAUCCUGCUGUUGAAAUUUUGUUUAGGCUGCUUUCUUAGCUUUUAAAAAAACAGACUGGGUAUAGCAGGUUGUGUUGUUUCUAAAAAUAAAGAUUAAUAUCCAAGUAAACAUGUCUACAAAAUGCUGAGACUGUGUCACAUCAUCAGGAGACAAAGUUUCCAAAUCAAAGCUGUUAAUUAUCCUGGUUAUCAGCAUCUUGUUUAGUGUCAAACAACAUUGUAUAGUUGUAUAUAUCCACUGUACUGAAUGUUUUGAUUGGUUCAGUUUUGUGACAGUUUGUUCAUCAUCACAUUUAGUUUUUGAUAUUCUUGGAUCUUUGGAUGAGUUUUGCAUCUGUUUUUUUAUCCUUUGCUAAGAGAUGUUUUACUAUAGUUUUGCUUUAAUGAAACAUUUAUUUACAGA